AUGGAGAGGAUAUUCUAUGGCACGGACUAUCGUGAUCCAAUAACAAACUAUCCUAUUUACAUCUUUGAUACUUCGUAUCUACCGUCCACGGAGGUCAUUGACUAUAAUGAGCUUAUUCCCACGCUAAUGCAGUGCCUUCCCUUGAAGCCGUAUGUUCUUGUCAUAUUUUCAAGCGGGUUGAACAGGAUAAGUUGGCUCUGGGGGUUGAAAUUUAUCAAGAACUUCAUGAUGGUUGAUAACAACAGUGGGUACAAUUUGCGGAACUUGGUGAAAAUCUUUCUUGUUCACGAUAGCUGGUUCAUCAAGUCUGUCACUUCCAUGUUGUACAACUACAACUCCACGAGAAAGAACCUCGUCAUGUUGAACAAGCUCAUGGACACUUUUUCAUUAAACUCGGAUGGCUUGGGCGGCCAAACAGAGGUUAUCCACUGCAACAACUUGAGCCAGCUCAGCGAGUAUUUGGACAUUACCAAGUUGAAAACGUCUCUAAAUGUCUACGAGUACGACUUUCAGUUGGAGGAGAGUAUAAAGUUGUCCAUGAAGUUGACGCCAACGAUCAACCCGUACGUGACGCUUUCACCCGUGAAGCACCCACUAUUUUACCACCACAUAUACCAGUUUUUCCACAUUAUCGAUUCUAAUGGCUCCAAAGUCGAGUUGUUAUUUUAUAAACCUGGUAAAAAGGCGAAGAUUGACAUUCUAUACCAGUGUCUCUUGCGCAACCAGUUGAUCUGGAUCAACGACUGGGACUUGUACAGCAUAUCAACCACGUUCAAACGGCUUUUACUGGAGCUUCCUCACCCAUUGAUCCCCAUGGAUGAAAUCAUUUUGCCUGUAGAGGAUAAUUUUGAGUUUACCAGUGGCAUCUUUCAGAAAAUCAACAUUAGACACCGAUGUUGCCAGCAGACUGAAAACUACGAUACGCUAUUAUUGCAGCUUUUCGAGUGCUUCCAUGAAUUGAUCCUCAAUGAAGCCGUCACUAAGCACACUUCGUCAACAAUCGGCAAGUGCAUGUCGCACUGUCUUUCACAAACAGUCGUUUCAUCUGAUAACAGCGACACCCAGAUUAUCCUGCGAUUCAUCAAGAAUGUCUUGGAGCAUUGGGAGCAAAUAAGGGGUCUGUUUGAGUUUCCCUCCGUGGAAGACAUUGUGUUUGGCAAUUAUCAAGAAACGUCUAUGGUUGAGGAUUCGUUUGAUGAAAGCUAUGACAUUACCUUUCAAGACGAGAAUAAUGACAACGAGUCACGUAUAGCAUUCAACACGAGGUCCAUGCUCAGCGAAAACACAAAAUUGAGAUCGAGGGAAGUGGAGCUGGAUGACGUGUCGACUUUGAAAUCGUCGAAAUCGUCAUCGUCAUCGAGUGUGCAUUCAGGUUCAUCACUGAGUAUAUUGAAUGACGAUUCUUCGCCUCGGUUAGCAACAAUCAGGAGAAGAAGCCUGAGCUCGUCUUUGACCAAGCCGAAGUUGCCCGAGAGAAAAUCUCGUUCUUCAACUUCGAUAACCCGGUUGAACGCAGAAAGCUCGCUUCAGAGAACUUCGGAGACUCGACCACCGGUUUUGCAAAAGAAGAAAUCCAGCAGCAAGCAUGGGACGGGGGCUGGGGCUCCUCCUCCCACUUUACCUAGUCGCAAAAGAGAGGUGCUUUUCGAAGCGGAGGAUAUCUUGAGUAACUCAUCCCCCUCCGAAGAUAAAAUCAUCGAUUCCUCAGAAACCAAGGUUUGCGGCGUGGAAGACACAAAGAAACCCCGCUCAAAAGAAAGCAGCGAAGCGAAAGAGGCAAAAGAUGAUGAUAUUGCUAAAAACAAGCAGGAGCAAUCUUCUCCCACCAAGGACAAAGAUCAAGCUGCACCGAAACCACCCCUUUCAAACAAAAGCACUAAAACCGCCAAAAAUAACUUCGAGAAUGGACACGUUACCAAAUCCACAGCUUCAGUAGCACCAAGCGAUCAGCCAGUGAUUCCUCGCCCCGAGCUCAGGUUCAACCCCGCCAAGUCGACUGCGUCCGCUUUCCAAUCAUCAAAUAAAGACAACUACACCCCAUCCAACAGAAGCAAAUCAUUCAAUAAGAUUACCUCCGCCUCCGCCGCCGCCGCUGCCACCACAGCUGCUGCAUUUUCGAAAUUUAGUGAACCUGCCUCGAUGAAUGGUAAGACGCCGAUCACACCUAAGAAAUUGGUGAUUCGAGGCCGCAAAGUUUCCCAAUUAGCCAAGUUGUUCGAGGAGAGACGCGAAGGAAUCGACAUUUUGAAAAGCAUGUGA